AUGACGCUGACGCGGCGAUUCCGCGCGCUCAAGCUGUGGCUCGUACUCCUCUGCUACGGCGCCGAGGGCCUGCGCGACCACGUCCGCGCCCACGUCCGCAUGGCCGCGUCGUUCGAGGGCAUGGUGAGGGCCGACGCCCGGUUCGAGGUGGUGGUGCCGAGGGGGUUCGCGCUGGUGUGCUUCCGGCUCCGGUCGCCGGCGAGGUUCGGCGGCGAGAAGACGGCCAACGAGCUCAACAGGAGGCUCCUCGAGGAGGUGAACGCGACCUGCUCGGGGCCAUACAUGAGCUCGGCCAAGGUGGGCGGCGUCUACAUGCUGAGGUGCGCCAUCGGGAGCACGCUCACGGAGGAACGGCACGUCCGCGAAGCGUGGAAGGUCGUGCAGGACCGAGCUGAUUCCCUGCUUCGUAAGAUGGAGAUUAUCUACAGCGUGCUCGCUUAA